CGGAAACAUGCAGCUGUCACUUUCAUAACAACAGCUCGUCUCUUCGAAUGGGACACGAGUGUUUGUUUGGUCAUUUCAUUCAUCCUCAUGUUGUGAUCUGUGUGUGAGUGGACGUCAUGGACCCUCCAGAGUCAGAGGCGGUGGUCGCUGCUGCUCAGGACCCGGAGCUGAGUCCCAAGCCCGAGCUCUCUGCAGCGAUGCGGGCGAAAAUCGAGAGGAACCGGCAGCGAGCUCUGAUGCUCCGCCAAUCCCGACUAGCGAGCCGCCCUUUGUCCGCGGUGGAGGGCGCAUCCUCGGCCAAAGUCUCCAAGAUCACCGACUCCGGAGCCGGCUUCUUCAUCGAGGAGGAGGAGGACGGAGAGGAAGAGCACAAGUCGAGGAAGGUGGUGCAUCAGCCAGCUCCAGUGAUUGCGCCAGACUACUUGGUUUGUGAUGAAUGUCAAAAACCCUUUAUGGACUCCUGGCUCAGUAACAGCUUUGACCUGUCUGUGUGUGACAAUUGCAGAGACAACGAGGAAAAGCACAAACUGAUCUCCAGAACUGAGGCCAAGGCGCAGUACCUGCUGAAGGACUGUGACCUGGACAUGCGGGAGCCUCCGCUCAGGUGUAUACUGAAGAAGAACCCACACAACUCAACCUGGGGCGACAUGAAGCUCUACCUCAAAGUACAGGUGGAGAAGAGAGCAAUGGUGGUGUGGAGUUCGGAGAAGGCUCUAGAGGAGGCCAAGGAGACGAGAGAAGAGAACCGAGAGGUGCAGAAACAAAAGCGCUUCAACAAGAAGGUCAAAGAGCUGCGUCGGGCGGUGAGGAGCAGCAUGUGGACCAAAGACACUAGCGUGCACCAACACCAGUACGGACCAGAGGAGGUGGUGGAUCCGGAGGAGGACCUGUAUAAGAAGACCUGCACCACCUGCGGACAUGAACUCUCCUAUGAGAAGAUGUAGACACAAACACACACUAACACACACAAACACACACUAACACACACACUCUGAGACUGCUACAGAUGAUGUUUGGUGCUUCUGGGGGGAACCAUACCACUCCUCUCUUUAUUACUUUUCCAUUUCUUGAAUAAAACGUUCCAUCCUCAUCACAUACAAGGGGUAAACAUC